GCCCAAUUUUUACAGUUUUGUCUCCCUUCCCCAUUUCUUUUACCCACCAUAAACCCCUACCCUGUUCUUUGCCUCUUUAGACAUAAACCUUCACCAUCUCUUCUCUGCUUGAGCUUGUUAGUCACAAUGCCACCCAAAUCAUCUAAAGGAAAGGAAGUUGAAGCUGCAUCUGGGGUGAAGUUAACAAGGUAUAUACAUUAUGAAGAAUUAGACAAAUCUGAUAAGUUUGUGUUUGACUUGAAUUCUGAUGUUCAAGAGUUGAAACAAAGAUUUAGUGUUGUAAUGGAAUAUAUGCGAAGGAAGGCUUCGGAGGAAGGUUGUUUAUUUUGAGGGCAUUCCUGAAGUCAGGUGUGUUAAUGGUUGCCCUUUCAAAGUGACGUAUAAAGACAUAAGCACGAAGUUUUUAAUUGCGAAGACUAAUGUUUACAUAGUGGGUUAUUCCCAUGAAGAUAAGUAUUAUUGCUUUGCGGAUGCUGAGAUAAAACUUAUUGGUUGUAAAGAUUUAGAAGAACCCACUAGGUAUGGAUAUCCAUUUUGUAGUGGUUUGGGUGCUAUGAUGAUGAAAAAUGCAUUGUAUGAGAUGCAAAAACCAGAGCCCGAUGUUAGAAAAAAGGCGGCAGAAGCUUAUUUUGUGCAUCUUUCUGAAUCAGCUCGUUUUAGGCCAAUAGAAUAUCAAGUUUAUGUUGGUAUUGAGCUUGGUAGUGCUGCUGAUUUUGAUGAAAUUCCUGAUUGGGAAAACAAGUCUUUUGCUUGGUUUCGUAAAUCAAAAAGUGUUGGAAAUGAAGGAGAUAUUAUGACUUUGAUUUCUCCUAGUGUUUCUCCUAAUUUUAACAAGGAUUCAAAGCCUUUUGACUUUGCUAGGGAUCUAGUGCAUAACUGGGAGUCCUUUUCUGCAUGUUGGAUUUCGUACCUAGGAACAGGGAGUUUGAGUUUUGAUACAACGAAUAUGGGUAUCAAUUUUCAGCAAUGUGGGAUAAGGAAUUUGCAUUGUCUUAAAAGCACUCUGGCUCUGCUUUCGAAUGUGAAUCUUGAUGAACUUUACUCUGAAGUAGAAACGAGAAGUAAAAGUGGGGAGUUGAUGAAAUUGAAGGAUAUGAUUGGGUAUUGGGAAAGAGAGAGGUCAGCAAAGGAACUUCCAAAGAAGGGGCUCUUAAAGGAUGUGACAUUAGAGAAAGGAAAGAACUUGAAGAUUAGAUGAGAAUUGAAGUCUCUGAAGAAGCUACCAAAGAAGAGCAAUGUUUUGUCUUCAGAAAUCUUUUCUAAUGUUUUGGUACUCUCUAAUUCUAUGAUUGUAAUAGCUUAGGUCUAAUAUGACUUACCACCAACUGUUAUUUUUGCUAUUGGGUGGUUUCUGCCUUGCUUAGGUCUAAUAUGACUUACCAUCAACUGUUAUUUUUGCUAUUGGGUGGUUUCUGCCUUAAACUUAUUACCAGUGAUCCCCUUUGACCUGCUACUGAUUAUG